AUGGCAGGCCUGCCAUCAGACAUCAAAGAUCAUACCCUCCAGGGAGUCUCUUGUCAAAUGGCGAAAGACCCAGCACACAAGCCGUUGCAGCCUCUGCAAACCGCCCAGCAUCCCACCCACGCUACCACUGGCAUAUCCGACGAGGCAGCAAAGACCGCUCAUGACUUCAUCUCCUCGACAACGAGACGCAUGUCUGACGCUCAGUCUCCGCACUCGCCAGGACUGACGGACGAGCUUCUGCAACAGACACACGUGUUCUGGGACUCGAAUGCCACGAGGAGGAAGAGCCAUAGCAAGUACCUGCCGGAUGAGACAUUGCCGGGGAUGACGGAUCAGGUUGUCGAGGAGGUGUCCGUAUUUGUUGAGGCAGCGGAAGGAGAGGCCCAUUAUGACUGA